CCGACAGGACGCUAUAUGUUAUUUUUUUUUCUGCGAGCUGAUAACGAACCACAUGACGACUCGACUUUCAGUUAUAAAGGAGAAGCACGAGUAGAUACGGUGCGAAGUCACUUUCACGAAGGCGCACGCCCAACACCAAGAAGGAUGCUUCUCUUCGCAACCACGAUUCUGCUCUUGGCAGGCCUCACUCAACAGCAGUCCACCCAAGAGCUCAAUGCAUACGUGGACAAGAUACUGAAGGAUGAGCUGCCCAGUGAGGCGAAGCUCAUCGACCCGCUGACAGUACGCGGCUUCAGCUUCCACAUCAGGGACCACCCCCACUACGCCCACGUCAAGUUCGAGCCCUCAACGAUUACGGGUCUGAGCACCAUCCAUCGCUCGGGAGACUGCUCUUCUUACAGCCGGUUCCCGUACCGCGUCUACGUCGGCUGUAACGUCACUUAUGGAGUAAUCAAGGUGCAUGUCAAGAGCCAGCUGAAGUACGACCACAACAGCACGACCGUCACGGCCGACACCACUUUCCCUGAGGUCCACGGCCGCCUCUACGUGUCCGUGGGCGCCUGGAAGGGACCAAGGGCUCACGCCUACCCCAAGCUCGGAAACUUCACAACCGCAUUCACCGGUCUCGACGAAAACCCCGACACCCAGAAACUGCGCUGGGGAUACUACGAGGUCAUCCGCGAUGUUCUGGCUCUGAGCAUUGAGAGGACCCUGUCCUGGGCCAUCGCCGACAGUGCCGGCAAGGUUCUCUGGCCUUGCUGCUAGGCCGAAGAUGGUGUUUGGUGUUGUACCAUACAAAAGACGCGGCAAUAAAAGACAACACUCACUGCUUCUACAAA